AUGAGCGAAUGUCUGAGAAAUAGAGACAGAAUCAGUAACUUGCCUGAAGCUCUGCUUCUGCAAAUACUGUCUUUACUUCCAACUAAAGACGUCGUAGCCACUAGUGUUCUGUCCAAGCAAUGGAGGUCUCUCUGGAAGAUGGUGCCUACACUCUAUUUUGAUUAUGACAGCAACCAGAGUAAGCACGAGACAUUUUCAGAGAUUGUUUCUAGGCUUUUGCUUUCCCACAAAGCUCCCUUUCUAGAGAGCCUCCAUACAAAUUUGAAUCCAGAUGGCUGUGAUGCUAUGGAUAUUGGAAUGUGGAUAGGAAUUGCAUACGCUCACCAUGUGCGUGAACUGAUACUCAACAUUGAAUAUGCGUCAUCGUUCAAGUUUCCUAGAAGCUUGUAUAACUGCGAAACACUAGAGACCUUGAUACUCACCGGUUGGGUCCUUGUAGAUGUUCCUUCUCCGGCUCGUCUCAAGUCCCUUAGGACUUUGCAUCUAUACUAUGUGGAAUACAAAGACGACACAUCGGUUCUUAACCUUUUAUCUGGCUGCCCUAAACUUGAAAACUUGGUAGUGCAGCGAGGUCUAGGUCUAAUGGAUGUGGAGAUUUUCUCUAUCGCGGUUCCGUCUUUACAGAGGCUAACGAUUUAUGAUGACAAUGAUUGGCAAGAGUUUGGGGGAUAUUUGAUAAAAGCUCCUUGUUUGAAAUACUUGAAUAUUAUAUGGAUGCAUGGUCUUCAGUUAUGUCUCAUUGAGGAUGCACCGGAGCUGGUGGAGGCCAGAAUUAUCAAUGUCUCUAACGUAAUGAGCGAGAAUAUUAUGGGAUCUCUCACUUCAGCCAAACGUCUUUGCUUGGAGUUGUCACCCUUGAAGAUUACAUUUCCUACGGGUAUUAUCUUCUAUCGGUUAGUAUAUUUGGAGCUACGUACAUGUAGAGCUGAGUGGUGGAAUCUACUUGUGCUCAUGCUCAAUGCUUCUCCUCAAUUACAAGUCCUCAAGCUCAUCAGUCAGUAUUGGUCAGAGACUGAAAAAGAUGGUGGGAAAUGGAGCCAACCGGAGAAUGUUCCUGAAUGUUUGUUGCUUCAUCUCCAGACGUUUUUGUGGAAAGGCUAUAAACAACUACUAAAAGAGGAGAAAGAGGUGGCGAAAUACAUCCUAAGAAAUGCAAAUCAUUUGAAGAAAGCGAUUUUCUCCACAAUACCCGAUGAAGAUAGUAGCAUCUUGGUUCAAGAGGUGGGGAAGGAAUUGGAAAGUGUGGUUCGAGCUUCGAAUUCAUGCGAGCUUGUGUUCAAAUGA